CCAACCAAUUGGUGCUGCCGUUUUCCAAUUCCAACGAGGGAAGCCGUCAGCGUCCGCGUUCGCUUCCGACUUGUGCCCUGCAGGCACCGCCGCUCCGCCUGCGUUCCGUCUCCUCUUCUUUAUUCGGCAGCCUCCUCGCCUUUUUUAUCCCCCGGUGCCAGCAUCUUUCCUCUGCAUCUGCACCACCACCAUUCUGUUCCUGCGCCAGAGCCAACUCCUCGACCUGCAGACGGAUAGGGAGCCCGGACGUCGCCUGCACUCGAGCCACCCUGCUGGCACAGUGCUACAAAAAGAGGACGGCAGCAAAGCCCGAGUGCCAGAGACCCACCAGCCUUGUGCUCGCUGAAAGCGCAUGUAGUACAUGGAUCAGGCGCGCGCUGCCGGCGCCGGUGAGCAGCCUGCGGCGGCUGCCGGCGAUGAACCCGCGAAGAGGAUCGUCGGCGGCGGGGACGCGCCGGCCGCCGGGGUGGCGACGGCUGGGGGCGGCUGCUUCGACUGCAACAUCUGCCUCGAGUGCGCCGCGGAGCCGGUGGUCACGCUCUGCGGCCACCUCUACUGCUGGCCCUGCAUCUACGAGUGGCUGCGCCUCGACGCCGACGCGGGCGCCGGGAGCUCCGCGAGGCGGCGGUGCCCCGUGUGCAAGGCCGCGGUGUCCCCCGACGCGCUCGUGCCGCUCUACGGCCGCGGCGGGAGCACCCGCGCCAAGAAGCCGCCGCGCGGCCUGGCCGGCAGCAUCCCGCGCCGGCCGGCCCUGCGGCGGAGAGUUCAAGACAGCGACAACGGCGGCGGCAACCACCACCGGAACGUGGAAACCGACGCGCCGGCCCGGGCACCACUGCGGGCGCGGCACCACGCCGACGCCGCGCAGUACGAUGCCCUCCUCCCAACGCCGUUUGGGGACCGCGGGAUGAUGCACUCGACGGCCGGAGGGGUGCUCGGGGGCAUGGCGGUGGCCGUGCUGCCGUGGGUGCUCCGAGGGCAGGCGCAGCCGCCGGGCACGUACUACUCGAGCCCGUACCACCUGAUGAACCCCAGGCAGAGACGGCGGCACAUGGAGGUCGAAAGAUCCCUGCAUCAGAUAUGGUUCUUCCUCUUCGUGUUCGUGCUGCUCUGCUGGCUCCUGUUCUGACUUCUGAAGCACAACAAAGCUGCCGUGCGCCAUGUGCAGGAACAGGAGAACCGAAUGGCUGACGUGCUUUGUAGUCUGUACAUAGAUGAGAACGUGAUAGAGCGGUGGCUAUUGCAGGAUAGCGUUCAAGAUGAAAAUUGAAAACCAACAAUGACCAUCGCUUUUGAUCCUAGAAAGAUUAGAGGGAAUCGGUUUGGAAACUGCAACGGACUGACCGUUGGAAGUAGAUCAGAAAAUAUUGUCCAUAUGUUCAUGCGCACUCGCAGAAGCUAUUGCCUAUUGGUAAUGUUUCAAUAUCAAACCGAUAAGCUACUAUUUUUGCCAGA